CUCGACUGUUCUUUUGAAAUCUUCCCAUUACGCCUCCACGAUACUGCCCCUCCCAACGGGGAGAAUUUUUUAUAUUUAUAAGCACUCAAAACAUACAAAAUCAAAAGCAACUAGAGAUAGCUUUAUAGACUUAGCAAGACCGAAAUGUGGCGGUGCGUUUCUCGAGGCCUUCGAGUCCCUUCUUCUCCGGCCUCUUUCAAGAGAUCGCUGUCCAAUGACUCCCUCAGAUCUCACAUUUCGCGCUUCUUCUCCACUGAAUCGACUGUGGGGCGCUCCUCAUACACAAUAGUUGAUCAUACGUAUGAUGCCGUUGUUGUAGGAGCCGGUGGUGCAGGGCUACGAGCAGCCAUAGGGCUUUCGGAGCAUGGGUUCAAUACUGCCUGCAUUACAAAGCUAUUCCCUACUCGUUCGCACACUGUUGCUGCUCAGGGUGGUAUAAAUGCUGCAUUAGGAAACAUGACUGAAGACGACUGGAGGUGGCACAUGUAUGACACGGUCAAGGGAAGUGAUUGGCUUGGUGAUCAGGAUGCAAUUCAGUAUAUGUGUAGGGAGGCACCAAAAGCGGUGAUUGAGCUUGAGAACUAUGGAUUGCCAUUUUCACGAACUGAAGAUGGAAGAAUAUAUCAGCGUGCAUUUGGUGGUCAGAGCUUGAAUUUUGGAAAAGGUGGACAGGCAUAUCGUUGUGCAUGUGCUGCCGACCGGACUGGACAUGCUUUAUUACAUACCCUCUAUGGCCAGUCUAUGAAACAUAAUACCCAAUUCUUUGUGGAAUAUUUUGCUUUGGAUCUAUUAAUGAACAGUGAUGGUAGCUGCCAAGGAGUAAUUGCGUUAAAUAUGGAAGAUGGUACAUUGCAUAGAUUUCGUUCCGGUUCUACAAUUCUGGCUACAGGGGGUUAUGGUAGAGCAUACUUUUCUGCAACUUCGGCUCAUACAUGUACUGGAGAUGGCAAUGCCAUGGUUGCACGUGCUGGGCUCCCACUCGAGGAUUUAGAGUUUGUGCAGUUUCACCCAACAGGUAUAUAUGGUGCUGGUUGCCUCAUCACUGAAGGAUCCCGUGGUGAAGGUGGUAUUCUUAGGAACAGUGAAGGUGAACGUUUUAUGGAACGAUAUGCACCUACGGCAAAGGAUCUUGCUUCAAGAGAUGUUGUUUCCAGGUCUAUGACUAUGGAAAUCCGGGAGGGUCGUGGUGUAGGACCUUUGAAGGACCAUAUAUAUCUCCAUUUGAAUCACUUGCCCCCCGAAGUACUUAAGGAGAGACUUCCUGGUAUCUCUGAAACAGCUGCAAUAUUUGCUGGUGUCGAUGUUACAAAGGAGCCCAUUCCUGUUUUGCCUACUGUGCAUUAUAACAUGGGAGGAAUUCCCACUAAUUACCGCGGCGAGGUAGUUACUGUUAAAGGUGAUGACCCCAAUGCAGUAGUUCCGGGAUUGAUGGCUGCUGGAGAGGCAGCAUGUGCAUCAGUUCAUGGUGCCAAUAGACUUGGUGCAAAUUCCCUUCUGGACAUUGUUGUUUUUGGACGAGCAUGUGCAAACACAGUUGCUGAGAUUCAGAGACCAGGGGAGAAACAAAAACCUUUGGAGAAGGAUGCUGGUGAGAAGACUAUUGAGUGGCUGGACAAAAUAAGGAAUUCAAAUGGCUCAAUGCCAACUUCAAAAAUUCGGUUGAAUAUGCAACGAAUAAUGCAAAAUAAUGCAGCUGUGUUUCGUACACAGGAAACAUUAGAAGAAGGUUCUCAAUUGAUUGACAAGACAUGGGAGAGCUUUCAUGAUGUUCAAUUGAAGGAUCAGAGUUUAAUAUGGAACUCAGACUUGAUAGAGACUAUUGAGUUGGAAAACCUUUUGAUAAAUGCUUGCAUCACGAUGCAUUCUGCUGAAGCCAGGAAAGAGAGCAGAGGGGCACAUGCUCGUGAAGAUUUUCCAAAAAGAGAUGAUGAGAACUGGAUGAAACACACGUUGGGAUAUUGGGAGAAGGAAAAGGUCCGGCUAGAUUACAGGCCAGUUCACCUUUACACUUUAGAUGAUGAGAUAGAGCCAUUCCCACCAAAAGCUCGUGUAUAUUGAUACAUUGGCUCCAAAAAUGUGCAUGGAUGGUAUUAUGCCCCCCCGAGGUACAAGUGGAUCAUGUAAUAAAUCUAUGUAGGCACAGAGAGCAUUUUUCCAUAGAAUGAUAGUACUUCUGCCGAGAGUGUACGACAUGUAGUCGCGGCUGAAGAAUAAGUUCUCUAUAGAAUUUUUUUUUAUUGAUUACAAUAUGUUGCAUAAAAUACGAUGCUUGCAGUAGUAAUGUGGUUUUUGUUUUUUG